GUACUCGUAACACUGAAUUAAUUGUAAUUAUUAAGUGUAAUUAAUGAUUAAUUUUUUGAGUUAUAAAAUUCACGCCAUUUCAGUUUAUUUAACCAGUUUUGUUGAUGCUAUCUCUCUAUAGUAAAAGAUUUGAAAAUUUAUUGAAGAAUGGCGCAAAGGUUCCCAGUACCGACUGCAAACAAUAAUGGACCACCGUCCCAAAGAUAUCCUCCACCAGCUGUACCGCCCAAUCUACGUCAAUAUCCUGGCCCAAACUUUCCGAUGCAACCACGAACUGGAUUUACACCACCUCCACAAAUGGGUACCGGUGGUCCUGGACCAGGAGGAAUAAUGAGACCUAAUCAAUCCUAUUCAAAUAUGAGACAAGGACCAAUGACUGCUCCGCCGGGUAGUAAAAGGACAGAUCAACGUAUACCAAUAUCACAACAGAAACCGUAUUUUUGGAACAGUGAUUUUUCACAUUCCACAUCAAAGAAGAAGAAGAAAUUGGCUGACAAAAUAUUACCGCAAAAAGUAAGAGAUUUGGUACCAGAGUCACAAGCAUACAUGGAUUUACUUGCUUUUGAACGUAAAUUAGAUGCAACAAUCAUGAGAAAGCGUUUAGAUAUUCAAGAAGCACUCAAACGUCCAAUGAAACAAAAGCGAAAAUUAAGAAUAUUUAUUUCAAAUACAUUUUAUCCAGCUAAAGAGGCUGGUGAAGGUGAAGAAGGCUCUGUAGCAUCUUGGGAACUUCGGGUAGAAGGUCGAUUAUUAGACGAUACAAAAAAUGACCCUAAUAAAGUGAAAAGAAAAUUUUCAUCAUUUUUCAAAAGUUUGGUUAUUGAAUUAGACAAAGAUUUGUAUGGACCUGAUAAUCAUUUAGUAGAAUGGCAUCGUACGUUGACAACACAAGAGACAGAUGGGUUCCAGGUCAAACGUCCUGGUGAUAAAAAUGUUCGGUGUACUAUUCUUUUACUUUUGGAUUAUCAGCCAUUGCAGUUUAAGCUCGAUCCACGACUUGCACGUUUACUAGGCGUUCAUACUCAAACUCGACCUGUAAUAAUUUCUGCUCUUUGGCAGUAUAUAAAAACUCACAAACUUCAGGAUAGUCAUGAAAGAGAAUUCAUAAACUGUGACAAAUAUCUAGAACAAAUAUUUGCUUGUCCUCGUAUGAAGUUCGCUGAAAUACCUCAACGCUUGAAUCCUCUUCUUCAUCCACCGGAUCCAAUUGUUAUUAACCAUGUUAUUAGUGUAGAAGGGACCGAAACAAAACAAACUGCUUGUUACGAUAUUGAUGUUGAAGUUGAUGAUACUUUAAAAACUCAAAUGAAUAAUUUCUUAUUAUCUACAGCAAGUCAGCAAGAAAUUCAAAGCUUAGAUAAUAAAAUUCACGAAACAGUUGAAACAAUAAAUCAACUGAAAACAAACCGAGAAUUCUUUUUAAGUUUUGCUAAAGAUCCGCAGCAGUUUAUUAAUAAAUGGAUUAUUUCACAAACUCGAGAUUUAAAAACUAUGACUGAUGUUGUUGGUAACCCAGAAGAAGAACGAAGAGCUGAAUUUUACUAUCAGCCUUGGGCUCAAGAAGCCGUUUGCAGAUACUUUUAUACAAAAGUUCAACAAAAACGAGCAGAAUUGGAACAGGCUCUAGGUAUCCGAAAUUCAUAAAACUAUUUAUUGAUAAUUUACUUAAGUAUAUAUAAAACUUCAUUUAUUGUUGACUUCUACAUCAAAUAUUAUUCUGUAUUUUAAUAUUUAGUGGAUGAUAAAAAUUGUAAUAACUGAAAUUAUUUCUAUAAAUCCAAUCGUUAUAUUGGUUCGUAUGAGUCUUUUUUAAAAUAUAGA